UUUCCUCGUGCUGGGCUUCCAUUGUCUAAUUUUCUCAUCCUGGCUGGGGAAAGGGAAGGGGGCCAGUCCUUCCGUUCGGAAGAAAUCCAGCUGCAUGCAGCCUAGCUGCUGCUGGUGUUUCUUGGCCAGCUCCUGUGGUCUCUGAGGGACCUGCCUGUGAGCCUGUGGUUUCUGAGCUGCCUGAGCGUCUGAGGUCUCGGAAUCUGUGCGAGUCUUUGGGAUCUCUGGGCUUUGCCUGCAAGCCUGCGGAUUCGAGAUCUACCUGCAGGUCUGAGAUAAUCCGAAAUCUGACAGUCGUGAUUUCUAGAACCUUCCCGAACGCCUGAAGCCUCCAAAGAACGCUGCCUGCGGAUUUGGAAUCUGUUUGGGGCCUCGCGGAUCUUGGAGCCGGCGGUCUAGUGGAUCUUUCGCGGGCCAGGAGUGCUGUCUGCUAGCUGCUUUUCCUGCUCUUUCUCCUGGGAGGCGAAUCCUUGAGCCCGAGAUGGCAGCCACCCUGCUCAUGGCUGGGUCCCAGGCACCGGUGACAUUUGAAGAUAUGGCCAUGUACCUCACUCGGGAAGAAUGGAGACCUCUGGACCCUACGCAAAGGGACCUUUACAGGGAUGUUAUGCAGGAGAAUUAUGGGAAUGUUGUCUCAUUAGAUUUUGAGAUCAGGAGUGAGAACGAGGUGAAUCCAAAGCAAGAGAUUAGUGAAGAUGUAGAACUUGGGACUGCAUCUGAAAGACCUGUUGGGAAUACAGAGGAAAAUCCUGAAAGUGAAGAGGCCUUUGAAAGCAGGGAUAGAUCAGAAAGACAGUGGGGAGAUUUAACAGCAGAAGAGUGGGUAAGCUAUCCUCUCCAACAAGUCACGGAUCUGCUUGUCCACAAAGAAAUUCACACAGGUAUUCAAUAUCAUAUAUGUUCUCAUUGUGGAAAGGCCUUCAGUCAGAUCUCAGACCUUAAUCGACAUCAGAAAACCCACACUGGAGAUAGACCCUAUAAGUGUUAUGAAUGUGGAAAGGGCUUCAGUCGGAGUUCACACCUUAUUCAGCAUCAAAGAACGCACACUGGAGAGAGACCCUAUGACUGUAAUGAGUGUGGGAAAAGUUUUGGAAGAAGUUCUCAUCUCAUCCAGCAUCAAACAAUCCAUACUGGAGAAAAGCCCCACAAAUGUAACGAAUGUGGGAAAAGUUUCUGCCGUCUAUCUCACCUAAUCCAACAUCAAAGGACCCACAGUGGGGAGAAACCCUAUGAGUGUGAGGAGUGUGGGAAAAGCUUCAGCCGGAGCUCUCACCUAGCUCAACACCAGAGGACCCACACAGGUGAGAAGCCUUAUGAGUGUAAUGAAUGUGGGCGAGGUUUCAGUGAGAGAUCUGAUCUCAUCAAACACUAUCGAGUCCACACAGGAGAGAGGCCCUACAAGUGUGAUGAGUGUGGGAAGAAUUUCAGUCAGAACUCUGACCUUGUGCGCCAUCGCAGAGCCCACACAGGAGAAAAGCCGUACCACUGUAAUGAAUGUGGAGAGAAUUUCAGCCGCAUCUCACACUUGGUUCAGCACCAGAGAACCCACACUGGGGAAAAGCCAUAUGAAUGUAACGCUUGUGGGAAAAGCUUCAGCCGGAGUUCUCAUCUCAUCACACACCAGAAAAUUCACACUGGAGAGAAGCCCUAUGAGUGCAAUGAGUGUUGGCGAAGCUUUGGUGAAAGGUCAGAUCUAAUUAAACACCAGAGAACCCACACAGGAGAGAAGCCUUAUGAAUGUGUGCAGUGUGGAAAAGGUUUCACCCAGAGCUCCAACCUCAUCACACAUCAGAGGGUUCACACGGGAGAGAAGCCUUACGAAUGUACUGAAUGCGAAAAGAGUUUCAGCCGGAGCUCAGCUCUUAUUAAACAUAAGAGAGUUCACACUGACUAAGUCCUGUAAUUAUGACUGAGAAACAAUUCAUUUGAAGGUACAAUUUUAUCUGAUAUCAAAGAGCUCUUUUAAGACUGAGUUUCUUAUACCAUACCGAAUUUUCUUGUUGCAGGCCACAGUUUAAAACAUCAAA